GCGUGUCUUCUGUAAACUACGUAGGGAAGAUGGCGCACAACUUUCUCGCAACCGUUGUGGUGUUUCCUCUCCUCCAAACCAUCGUUGCAGGGCUGCGAGUGACAGAGGUCGAGGUCCCCAGAUACUUGGUGGUGGGCCAGAGUGCCACCCUCCGCUGCCACGUCGCACUCGAGGGCGAGGUGCUGUACUCACUCAAGUGGUGGAAAGACGGGAAACAGUUCUACCAGUACAUACCGCAGAAUAAUCCCCCCGCUGUGGUGUUCACGGUCCCCGGGAUCACGAUAAACCCAGCGAAGUCGGGGUUGGAUGAAGUCGAGAUGAUGGAUGUCCAGAGCUCAUCCAGCGGCCAGUACAGAUGCGAGGUGGUUGCGGAGGCGCCCACCUUCACAACGCACGUCCUCUCCGCGAACAUGACCAUCGUGGGAUGGAACGACACAAUACCAGGCUGGUGCCCGAGUAAUAAGGGCGCCUCUGUCACCGUCUAUUCCAGUAACACGGAAACAAUUUGUAUUGUCAUUAGCGUUGGUCUUGAUGCUUUUGUGGCUUUUGCUGUUGCUUUUGCUGCUGUUCUUGUUGCUGGAGUUAAACUGGUGUUGUUGUUGGUGUCGGUCACUGAUGCAGGGAAAAGAAACACAAAUACCACAUAG